AUGCCGUCACAAAGCAACGAAUUAAACCUCUCCAUUGAGGAGACCAACGCCCUUAGAGCAAAGUUGGGGCUGAAGCCUCUGCGCCUCGACGACAAGGACAAAAAGGAGCCCAGCAGCAGCAGCAGCAGCAGCAGCAGCAGCAGCAGCAGCAGCAGCAGCAGCAAGCGGCCGCGUAGUUCGGAGGAUAUUACAGCGCCUUCGGCACCGAGCGCAGCAGCAGGCAAAGACACAGCAGCAGGAUCAUCUGCAGCAGCAGCAUCAGCAACAACAGCAACAGCAGCAGGAGAUGAGAGUGGCGAAGCAAAGGCAUCACCGUCUGCUGCUGUAUCGGACGCUGCAGCAGCAGCAGCAGCAGCAGCAGCAGCAGCAGCAGCAAAGGAGCGGCGCGAGGAAGCGGAGCGGCAGCGGAGACGCGUAGCGCAUGCACUGCUGGUCUCAGGAGACACCAUAGCAACAGCAGCAGCAGCAGCAGAUGCUGAUAUUCUAGAUCCUUUGGCUUGGGUCUCCAAGAUGAGAAAAAACAAAAAAGAGCAGCAUGCACUCGCGGCACAGGGACGCGUGGAUCGGGUGCGAUAUGACGACGAGUCAGACUCUGAAGAAGAAGCUACAGCAUCAGCAACAGCAGCAGCAGCAGCAGCAGCAGCAGGAGAGGAAGAGGAAGGAGGAGCAGCAGCAGCACGUGUCGCGCAUGAUGCAGCAGAAAUUGCUGUUGGCGAAUCAGUUGUACUUACACUUCAAGACGCCCCUAUAUUAGCAGCAGAUGGGAGCUUAAAUGAAGAAGAAGAUGUAUUUGAAUCGCUGCAGCUGCGGGAACAGCAGCAGCUGCAGCGGAAGCGCGAGCGACAGCAGCAGCUGCAGCAAAAGAAUGCAUAUGAUGCUGUGCAUGCACUCAAUUCUGGAGAGCAAAAAGAUAUACUUUCACAUUAUGAUGAGUGGGAGGCAGAAGAAGCAGCAGCAAAAGGUUUAGCAAGACCGGUAGGAGAGCCUAAGGGUUUCUUGCUGCUUGGAGACGAGCUGCAGCCUGUUAUUGAGUCUCCUGCUGCUCCUGCUGCAGCAGCAGCAGCUGCUGCUGCUGCUGCUGCUGGUGCUGCAGCAGAAGAUGAGCACACACAGGUGCUUGGAGCUCCAGAAUUCAAACGACGAAAGAGACAGAAAAAAGAUAAACAGAGACAGACAGGAAAAGAAUUUUGGCUGUCUCUUGCUGCUGCAGCAGAGGAGCCAGCAGCAGACAGAGACAACGAAGAUGAUGCAGCAGCAACAAACAGCAGCAGCAGCAGCAGGGGAGACCACGCAUCUAGAAACACUAAAGAACCCAAAGAGAAGAACCCCCAAAAAGAGAAAGUCGCUGAGGCGUUAGCUGCUGCAACAAAAGACAGAGAAAGGAAUCCUCGACAAGAUGGUGGCAGCAGCAGCAGCAGCAAAAGCAGCAGCAGCAGCAGCAGCAAGAGCAGCAGCAGCAGCAGCAAGAGCAGCAGCAGCAGCAGCAAGAGCAGCAGCAGCAGCAGCAGCAACAAGCAGGAGGUUCGCGUGAAGCAGCUAGCUGAAGUGUUAGAGGAAGAGCUUGGGGUGUAUGGGCAGCCGGAAGAAGGCGCUGUUGAAGAGACAGACCCCACAGAAGUGGAGAGACAGAGGCUUCUCUCUCAAAUCAAAAGACGCAGCAGAGCGACAGAGGGGGAAGCAGAUUCGAAGGGUCUUCUCCCCAAGACGGCGAUGCUUGUUGAGCAGGCACAUCAGACGGUGGUUGAGGAGGAGGAGGAGGGGCUUCAGCUGUCGAAUAUGACAGAGUUUUGUCGGAGUGUACGCACACCAAUGGAGAAGGCUAAUGAAGCAAGAGGAAGCCUCUUGAUUCCUAAGCCAACAAAGGGAAUUAAAAUCAGCAGCAGCAGCAGCAGCAGCAGCAGCAGCAGCAAGGCAGCGCGUCGGUCUGUGUCUCCGAGCAACACGCAGCAGCGAGAGGAGACAGAAGAAGGAGAAGUUGUGGAGACAGCCUCUAAACAGGAAGAAGACGAAGACGAAGAAGACUCUGAACCGGAGUUCAUGGCGGAGCAACCCAUUGGAAAUUCUGUCUCAGGAGCACUGGCGUAUCUACAAAGCAAAGACUUCUUCUCUCUAGACAAGAUUCGCAGGAGACGAGGACAUCAUUUAGAGCAGCCUCUGCACAAUGCAGAGAACGAGAGAGAAGUAAACAUCGACUACAGAGAUGCAUUUGGAAACGUAAUGACUGCUAAGGACGCCUUCCGCCGCAUUUCGUGGCAUUUUCAUGGGAAGUUCCCGAGCCUGAGGAAGCAGGAAAAGAAAUUAAAGAAGUUAGAAUUAGAACGGCGACUACAAGAAAACUUAAUGGAGUCUCUCCCAACUCUAAAGGCGCUGCAGAAAGUUCAAGAAGGAGAGGGGUCUGCCCACUUAGUCUUAACGGGGGGCAGCAUGGAUCGAUAA